AUGGACGAUCAAGGAAGAAAGGUUAUUGUUUGCGAUAAUGGCACUGGGUUUGUGAAGUGCGGAUAUGCCGGCAGCAAUUUUCCUGCAUUUAUUUUCCCUUCUAUGGUUGGCCGACCCAUCAUUCGAGCGGAAAACAAGAUAGGAGAAAUUGAUGUUAAGGAUUUGUGUAUUGGAGAUUUGAUGGUGGGUGAUGAAGCGUCACAGUUGCGUUCGAUGCUCGAAGUCAGCUAUCCCAUGGAGAAUGGAGUGGUUCGCAACUGGGAGGACAUGUGCCACGUGUGGGACUACACCUUCGGCCCCAGCAAGAUGAACGUGGACCCAAAAGAGACCAAGAUACUGCUCACCGAGCCCCCAAUGAACCCAACAAAGAAUAGAGAGAAGAUGAUUGAGGUCAUGUUCGAAAAGUACGGUUUCGACAGCGCUUACAUAGCAAUACAAGCAGUGCUGACUUUGUAUGCUCAAGGUCUCAUCUCCGGUGUAGUGGUGGACUCGGGGGAUGGUGUGACACACAUCUGUCCAGUGUACGAGGAAUUUGCCCUUCCGCAUCUGACUAGACGAUUGGAUAUUGCGGGAAGGGAUAUCACCAGAUAUCUCAUCAAGUUGCUGCUACUGCGCGGUUACGCGUUCAACCACUCGGCCGACUUCGAGACUGUGCGGAUGAUGAAGGAGAAACUCUGCUACAUCGGUUACAACAUUGAGCAGGAGCAGCGGCUGGCUUGGGAAACCACUGUGCUGGUCGAGCCCUAUGUGCUCCCCGAUGGCCGAGUGAUCAAAGUCGGUGGCGAGAGGUUCGAAGCGCCCGAGGCCCUGUUCCAGCCGCACCUGAUCAACGUCGAGGGUCAAGGGAUCGCGGAGCUGGUCUUCAACACUAUCCAGGCGGCCGACAUCGACAUGCGCAACGAGCUGUACAAGCACAUCGUGCUCUCCGGGGGCUCCACGAUGUACCCGGGGCUGCCCUCUCGUCUGGAGCGCGAGAUUAAGCAGCUCUACCUCGAGAGGGUGCUGCGGAACGACUGCGAUAAGCUGGCGAAAUUCAAGAUCCGCAUCGAAGAUCCGCCACGGCGUAAGGACAUGGUGUUCAUUGGCGGCGCAGUGUUGGCGGAGGUGUGCAAGAACAGGGACAACUUCUGGCUCUCUAGGGCCGAGUAUCAGGAGCAGGGAAUAUCGUGUCUCCGUAAACUAGGCCCCCGCGCGAGU